AUGGAGAGCAAGUUGCUGGUUGGAGGUAAAAACAUCACGGACCACACCAACGAGCAGCAGAAGAUGUUGGAGAUGAAGAGACAGGAGAUCGCAGAGCAGAGUCGCAGUGAGCGGGAGAUGCAGCAGCAGAUGUUGGUGCAGGACGAGGAGACGCUGGAGCUCAGAGAAACAUUCACUUCGUUACAACAGGAAGUGGAGGCCAAGACCAAGAAACUGAAGAAGUAUCUGAAGGUUUGUCCUCCGCCUCCUCUGCUCUCUCUCCCUCAUGAGAGAAACUAA